CAAAAGAUGGUAAAGUGUUCGUACCUGCUCGACCCCUUUUCUCCCUCUCAAAAGUUCGUACGCUGCAAUCGAUUCCCCCCCGAUUCAUCUCGUCGAAGCCCUGCGAAGCGGGGGAACGGGAAAACCCCUCAUCUACGAGAUCAGAAGCUGUUUCCCGCUAGAUGAGAUAAGCUAUUUUGGGGGCUUCUAGAUGUAAGAAUAUGGCUUCUGGUAAGAGUGUAACGCGCAUUGACAUUAGGAGGACGUCGCCUUCAUACUGCUCGACACCAACCAUCGUUAUAUUUGUUGCUCUUUGUUUGGUUGGUAUAUGGAUGUUUUCGUCCACAAUAGUGGUUCCAGAGGAGAUUUCUUUACAAGACGCUAAAUCUGAGACUAAAGAUCAAGUCCCUGGGGUUGAUUCGCAGCCUUCUGGGGACAAUUUGGGGGAUAACAAUGGAAACACUAUUGUUGAUGAACCAAACAGAGAGACUUCAAUGGAUGAAGAAAAGCUAGAGAAGACUGGUGAGAAGUUGGGAGAGAAGACCCAUGAGGAGCCUCUGAAAGAGAAUGAGGAAGUUUUGACAGAACUGGAAAACAAAACUCCAGAUUUCGGUGAUCUAAAGCAGACUAAUGAAGGAGGCGAAACAAAUAAGGAGAGGAGAGAUACUGAUACUAUAGGAGAGAAUUCCAAAAAAAAGAAAGUAGAAGAGAUUGAAGACAUGAAGGGCUUGAAACCGAAGGAUAUCCUUCCUGAUGGGGCCCAAUUGGAACUUUUGAACAUGACCAGUACACAGAAAGGGUCAUGGUCUACUCAAGAUGCAGAAUCAGAGAAGGAGAAAGAAUUGCAGGCAUCUUCAUCGCCAGAAAGCCAAAUAAUUUAUAGUUGGAAACUAUGUAAUGUCACAGCUGGGACGGACUAUAUACCGUGUCUUGACAAUGAGAAAGCUAUCAAGAAGCUUCGAAGUACUAAACAUUACGAACAUCGUGAGAGGCAUUGCCCUGAAGAGUCUCCAACCUGCCUCGUACCUCUUCCAGAGGGAUAUAAGCGGCCUAUAAAGUGGCCAAAGAGUAGAGACAAGAUAUGGUACUCCAAUGUCCCUCAUACCAAGCUUGUAGAUUACAAGGGGCACCAAAACUGGCUCAAGAUUUCUGGGGAAUACCUCACUUUUCCUGGAGGCGGGACCCAAUUCAAGCAUGGUGCUUUACACUACAUAGAUGUCAUUCAGGAGUCACAGACUGAUAUAGCGUGGGGAAAGAGAAGUCGUCUAGCUCUGGACGUUGGCUGUGGAGUUGCUAGUUUUGGAGGCUAUCUCUUUGAGAGAGAUGUGCUUACUAUGUCAUUCGCACCUAAAGAUGAGCAUGAGGCCCAAGUACAGUUUGCCCUAGAGAGAGGAAUUCCAGCUAUUUCUGCUGUCAUGGGCACCAAGAGGCUUCCCUUCCCCAGCAAGGUCUUUGAUGUUAUUCAUUGUGCUCGCUGUAGAGUCCCAUGGCAUAUUGAAGGUGGUAUGCUUUUGUUGGAGUUGAACCGGUUGCUACGUCCUGGUGGUUACUUUGUGUGGUCUGCUACUCCUGUAUACCAGAAGCUUCCAGAAGAUGUUGAGAUCUGGAAUGCAAUGUUUGCGCUAACAAAGUCAAUGUGCUGGAAAAUGGUGAACAAAACAAAGGACAAAGUAAACAGAGUUGGUCUAGCAAUUUUCAGGAAACCAACCGACAACAAAUGCUAUGAGAAAAGAGUAAUCCAGAACCCACCGCUCUGCCAAGACUCUGAUGAUCCAGAUGCAGCCUGGAAUAUACCCUUGCAAGCUUGUAUACACAAAUUGCCAACAGAUCCAGCAAUUCGUGGUACACAAUGGCCGGAGCAGUGGCCACAAAGGCUGGAGAAGACACCUUACUGGAUGAGUAGUUCUCAAAUCGGAGUGUAUGGAAAGCCUGCCCCUGAAGACUUCAUAGCAGACUACGAACAUUGGAAGCGAGUUGUGCGCAAUUCAUACAUUAAUGGCAUGGGAAUCGAUUGGAGUACCAUCAGGAAUGUUAUGGACAUGAAAACUGUAUAUGGGGGUUUUGCCGCAGCUUUAAGGGAGAUGAAGGUGUGGGUAAUGAAUAUUGUGCCGAUCAAUUCACCAGAUACACUUCCCAUCAUAUAUGAGCGCGGGCUUUUUGGAUUGUACCACGAUUGGUGUGAGUCAUUUAGUACAUAUCCAAGAACUUACGAUCUCCUCCAUGCAGAUCAUCUAUUCUCCAAUCUAAAAAGGAGGUGCAAAUUAUUGCCUGUGAUUGUUGAGGUGGACCGGAUAUUGAGACCAGAAGGCAAGUUGAUCAUUCGAGACAAUGUCGAGACAAUAAAUGAGGUGGAGAGUGUGGUGAAAUCUCUGCAGUGGAAGGUCCGCAUGACCUACUCGAAGGACAAAGAGGGGUUGCUAUUUGUUCAAAAGACAAUGUGGCGGCCUACGGUAUAGUAUACGAAGCACAAAGGGAUAAGUGUAUUAGAGGAGAUGGAAUAAUCUCUGCUGUGGGAGGGCCGCGUGACUGAUUUGAGGGAUGGAGAGAGCUUGUAAUGUGUUCAAUGUACAUCGCACAAUGAGGCAGGGAAAGGAAUACAAAGAAAGUAAGUAAUAUUGAUAUUAAUACCUUAGCGUCGUCGAUAAGAGGUAGAUUAAGUAAAGCUUUUGGUAGUACUUGGUGUUGAUGUAUAAUUUCUUGUUCUUCUUGUGCUCUCUUAUCUUGUUAAGUUUACAUUGGAAAAACCUUCGAGAAACAAGAUUGAUGUAGAAUUAUAGCCUUAAUUAAUCAAAAUUUCAUCCAUUUUUUCAAGUUAGUAAUAAA